UUGCAUCUUCAAAACAUGCAUUAUCAAAUGCACGUUUAUUACACUUGCAACACUGUGGGUUAGCAAAUGCACGUUUCUAAACACUGCAAUACAAUAACCAGUCUUUAAAUCAAGUUCCUCACCUCCCUUUUAUUGUAGAGCGAACUCAUUUGAGAUUUCAACAUCAAAACUUCACCAAUAAAUUCCGUGAAAAGCCUAAUAUAUAUACACACAUCACUACGUCAACCAUAAGCCUCCAAAACACUAGAUGAGGGGCAAAAUUGAAAUUCCAAAGUGAUUAAAUCUCUAGCACUUCAACCCCAAAUACCUCAAAUCCUUGGCUUUUUAAAACUUCAAUCUAAACCUUUCUCGUCGUACUUUGGUGACUUAAAAGUCCUAAUGAUCUUCCGACAAUUUUGACUUCAGUUUCCUCAAUAGGCCCGACCUUUGGAAAGCAUUUGUUUCUUUCCAUGUUUUGCCAUUGUACGUAUAAAGUGAACGUGGGCAAAGAAGCAAGGGAAGAGGUCAGCAUCAGCACCGAUUCGCAUUUACGAGCUCUCACAUGCACUCCCGCGUCCGUCCAGCGAUCAGGACAAGAAGAAGUAGCCAUCGACCAGCGUACGUCGGGCCUCACGUUGCAGAUCUCAGGGCUCUGCGGCUAUUUUCUGCUGGACCCGGGAAAUCUUAACUCUUGUCAUGUAUUGCGGUGCCUUUGCUUUGUUAGACUAAUCGAUUUCAUUAGCGACCCAGGAGUGAAUGAAUGGCUCGUACUUAACGAUCCAUUACGUCUCUGUGAGUUCUGUGAAUUCUUCUGAGUCGCCGCUACUGCCGUUUUGCUGAGGCUUACGCGUUGUCUUUUGCCCUUUUUUUGAGCGAGACAAUGUGCACACGUGCGACACCUGGCGUUUAGGCUGGCGCACACGGCUUUGGUUAUUUGAUUUGAUCUGUGCGUCGAUUUGGUGGAGGAAGUGGUUUUGCUCAAUUCCUCCCCGGGCAACAAUAUCUGUACGAUUCUUUGCCAUUUAAGAUACCCCACCAGCGUGUCAUGUGAAUUGCUUGCUUCGUUUGGUGGAAUCUAACCCAAAGAUUUUCCCAUUUAAAGAAAGGGGGCUCUCUCUAUUGGUCAGCAGUAUCUGCAAUGUGGCCUUUAAUUUACUGACCAAAUCGAUCCUUGUCUUCUAGCUCGCUGAAGGACCAUAUGCCAACUCAAGCCUCACAUAACACUGCGUGAACAAAAGGCAAGGAGGGGAUCCCUAGCUUGAGGUAGUGUGCAACAAUGGGGGCCGGCGGCAGAAUGUCCGUGCCGAGCAAGAUCGACGACGGAGGCCACAAGAAGGGGGAGCCCCUCCGAAGGGUGCCCCAUGCGAAGCCUCCGUUCACCCUCGGAGAGAUCAAGAAGGCGAUCCCGCCCCACUGCUUCAAGCGCUCCCUUCCCCGCUCCUUCUCCUACGUCGUCUCCGACCUCGCCGUGGCCUUCGUCCUCUACCGCGUCGCCACCUCCUACCUCCACCUCCUCCCGUCCCCGCUCGCCUGCGUCGCCUGGCCGGUCUACUGGGCCUGCCAGGGCUGCGUCCUCACCGGCGUCUGGGUCAUCGCCCACGAGUGCGGCCACCACGCCUUCAGCGACUACCAGUGGGUCGACGACGCCGUCGGCCUCGUCCUCCACUCGGCGCUGCUGGUCCCCUACUUCUCGUGGAAGUACAGCCACCGCCGCCACCACUCCAACACGGGCUCGCUCGAGCGCGACGAGGUGUUCGUCCCCAAGCCCAAGUCCAGGAUGCCGUGGUUCUCGAAGUACCUGAACAACCCGCCGGGCAGGCUCCUCACCCUCACCGUCUCGCUCACCCUCGGCUGGCCCUUGUACCUGGCCUUCAACGUGUCGGGCCGGCCCUACGAUCGCUUCGCGUGCCACUACGACCCCUUCGGCCCCAUCUACUCCGACCGGGAGAGGCUCCAGAUAUACGUCUCCGACGCGGGGAUCAUGGCGGCGACUUACGGGCUCUACCGCGUCGCGGAGGCGAAGGGCCUGGCGUGGCUCGCCUGCACGUACGGCGUCCCGCUGCUCGUCGUCAACGCGUUCCUCGUGAUGAUCACGUACCUGCAGCACACCCACCCGACCCUGCCGCACUACGACUCGUCGGAGUGGGACUGGCUGAGGGGGGCGCUGGUGACGGUGGACAGGGACUACGGGGUGCUCAACAAGGUGUUCCACAACAUCACCGACACGCACGUGGCCCACCACCUCUUCUCCACGAUGCCUCACUACCACGCGAUGGAGGCGACGGAGGCGAUCAAGCCGAUCCUGGGGGAGUAUUACCAGUUCGACGGCACGCCGGUGCACAGGGCGAUGUGGAGGGAGGCGAGGGAGUGCCUGUACGUGGAGCCGGAUGAAGGCAGCGAGAGCAAGGGCAUCUUUUGGUACAAGAACAAGUUUUGAGAGACUCGUUUGCUUCUUGACAAGGGUGGUUUAGAAGGAAAGCAAAUAUGUAGUAGCUUCAGCGUGUAAUGUUAUAACAAGCUCUCACUUUUCUGUGAUGAUAGCUUGUUUAAGUCUUUUGGUUUAAUUAGAAUCUGAUAGUGGGCUUUGUAAUGGGCA